UUAAACUCUCUUAAUCAUGGCACGAGAUGGGGACCCUCAUGUGGUUGGGGGUGUGAUUGAGGAUGUUUUGAAUCCUUUCACAAGCUCGAUUUCUCUCACUAUUUUCUUCAAUAACAAAGCCAUUAGCAAUGGUUUGGAACUGAGGCCCUCUCAUGUUGUUAACCAACCAAGGGUUAUUGUUGGUGGUGAGGACCUAAGGACCUUCUACACACUGGUUAUUGUGGAUGCAGAUGCACCUAGCCCUAUUAACCCUACCUUGAGGGAAUAUCUGCACUGGAUGGUAAUUGAUAUUCCAACUGCCACAAAUGCUGGCUUUGGUUCAAAGAACUUGAGACGAAGGCUCCACGUGUCCAAAGCAUCCAAUGCGGCAAAAGUCAACAUCAAUUAAAGAAAGGAAAGUCAAAAGUCUUCCCACAACCCUUUUCCUUAAUUCUUAACGUAACUGCCACAUAAUUAGUUCAAGCUUUCAAGCGAGUUGUUGAUGGUUGUAAUGGUGUGCAUGCUUUAGCUUUGAUUUUACUGAUUUUUGUAACUUUUGUUUGUUUGUAUUGAAGGUUGACAUGGAUGUUGAUAUAUUGAAGGCUUUGAAGUUUGAAUCGGGUGGUUCUACUGUGAAGACAUUCAUAACUUCAAGUAUGUUGCAAGGAACUUAUGGGUUUCAAGAAGACAUAAUUUUUGUAGCAUAUGGAGAACUUUGAUCCUUGCUCUAAAAGGUCCUCGAGGAUAGUAAUUAAGACACCAGAUUAUGGAGACUUUGUGCAGUUAGAGAAUUCACGUUUGUCAACUUGGAAAAUCUUGAAAAAUGUGAGGCAUAGUCAUGACUGGUGAGAGUGUUUACACCAAGUACGAGGGUAGAACGUGUGCUCCCAAUCGUCAUCCAUAAAGAAACUUAUAGGACCACUAGGUUUUAGUGGCAUGGAGAGCCUAAUUGGUGAGGUCUCUACUACACACAUUAGAAUGAACAUUAGUUCUCUUAAUUAACAAGGCUAGAAAAC